AUGGCAGACCCAGCACGAUACUUUCCAAAUGAUAGCCACCUUGUUGGUGACUCGGCUUAUCCAAUCCAUCCCUGUAUAAUGGUGCCUUAUAAGGACAAUGGUCACUUGACAUCACUACAGAAAAACUAUAAUUUUUGUCUAUCAUCUGCCAGAACAUCGAUUGAGAGAGCAUUUGGUGUGUGGAAAAAUCGCUGGAGGAGAAUUCUUGACAGACUUCCCAUGGUCACGAUGGAACAAAUACCUGAAUACCUAUUAGCAGUUGCAGUAUUGCAUAAUAUUUGCAUUCAAAGAGAUGACUUGUUUGUUCUUAGUGAACCACAAAUUAUAAAUGAUACCCCUCUUGUCCAGCAAAGAGACAUGCUAAUAGAUGAUGCCACAAGGAGAGCUGCAGGUAGUGCAAAGAGAGACCGCAUUAUGAAGGAACUUUCUGUUAGAAACAUUUAUAAGUGA